AUGAAGACCCUGCUCCUGGGUGUCACACUUGGCCUGGCCGCUGCCCUGUCCUUUGCCCUGAAGGAGGAGGAUAUCACAGGGACCUGGUAUGUGAAGGCCGUGGUGACUGAUAAGGACCUUCCGGAGGAGAAGAGGCCCAGGAAAGUGUCCCCAGUGAUGGUGACAGCCCUGGACCGUGGGGACUUGGAAGCCACAUUUACCUUCAUGAGGAAUGAUCGGUGCUUCCAGAAGAAAAUCUUCAUGCAGAAAAUGGAGGAGCCUGGCAAAUUCAGCACCUAUGGGGGCAGGAAGCUUGUAUACCUGCAGGAGCUGCCCGGGACGGACCACUACGUCUUUUACUGCAAAGACCAGCGCCAUGGGGGUCUGUUCCGCAUGGGAGAGCUCAUGGGUCGGAAUCCCGACACCAACCUGGAGGCCCUGGAAGAAUUUAAGAAAUUCGUGCAGCGCAAGGGACUCUCGGAGGGGAAUAUUUUCAUGCCCCUGCCGAUGGGAAGCUGCGUUCCCGAACACUAG